UUCAUAACAUCGUUUAGUCUCUCUCUCUCUCUCUCUCUCUCUCUCGUUUAAAUCCACUCUGUUUGGGUUGAAGUUAAAAUGCGGAAGUUUCCGCCCAGCAAAGCCGCUGAUACCGCGAAGAUGAGGCUCGCGAUGCCAUCAACGAUCAUCCCCGCUCCGUGCUGCUCUCCGCGGCUCUGCGUGGACUGAGAUCAGACUCGCAUGGCUAUGGCUUCUCUGCCAGCGUCAGAGCGGAGAGCAUUCGCUCUCAAAAUCAACAGACACUCCUCGGCGGAGAUCCGGAGACACUUCAGUGGGAUCAGCCAUGGUUCCCUGCCUCACCACCGGCACAGUUACAGCGCCUCUGGCUCUUUCUGCUUCAACAUACCUCAGUCAUAUGAAGCAGUUGAGCCGGUGGACCUGGAUGAGUUCCUGAUGUCACAGCUGUGCAGUGGAGAUGCCGAGCUCAUGCAGGAGCUGGGGGAGUUUCCAGACGACGACCUGGAGGUGGAGCUGGUGGAGAGGGAAUGCAGGACCAUCCGCCCCUCUGUCCCCGAGGAAGGAGUGGAGCUGGAUCCUCAUGUGAGGGAUUGUGUUCAGAGUUACACGCAGCCCUGGCUGGUGGUUAGCAGAAGAUCUCAGGGUUAUGGGUGGAUUGCGUACGCCGAGAGGACAGAUGCUAACAGAGUCUUACAGAGACAGACGUUUGAGUCUGACGUUGAGCCUGACAAACAAGAGCAAGUAGAAAAAUCACCGUCCCUGCCAGCACUAUGUGAUGAUACAACUCGGACCACCCUCACAUGCUCAGACUUCAACUUACGGGCCCUGCAGCCGGACCAUCGUGUGGAGAGCCUCUUGCGCUUCAGCAGCCCGGAGGAGCUGGAUCGUUUCAACCUGGAGGCCAGAAAUAGCAACCGCUAUGGCGAGCUCUUUGGCCUCUACCCACCUAUUGAUGAGGAGGAUGCAGUAGCGAUUCGGCCCAUUCCCGACUGUCCCAAGGAGCACUUUGGGCAGAGGAUACUAGUGCGAUGCCAGACCAUCAAAUUUGAGAUUGAAAUUGAGCCCCUCUUUGCAACCAUGGCCCUCUAUGACCUGAAGGAGAAAAAGAAGAUUUCAGAGAACGUCCACUUUGACAUGAACUCCGAUCAGAUGAAGGGUUUCCUGCGGUCUCACACUCCCCACACUGACCCCUCCACUUUGGCCAGAUCUGCAAUUUUCUCCAUCUCCUACCCUUCUCCAGAUAUCUAUCUGGUCAUUAGGGAAGGAGAGCGUCUGAGUGACGAGGACUUGUUCAAGUUUCUGGCGGACAUCAAGAGGUCGUCCGGUCAGCGACGUGUUAAAAUCAUACCUGGUUUUCUGAGACUGGAAGUGUCUCCAGUGCCGGAGACGGUUCCUGGGUGUCUGUGCCCAGAACUGAUUCCAGUGAAGCCAGUUUCUGAGAAAAAUCCACGGGCGGUUAAAGAAGUGCUGGAGUUCCCUUCCAGUGAAGUCUAUGUGCCUCACAAUAUAUACCAGAACCUGCUGUAUGUGUAUCCUCUGAGGUUGAAUCUUACUAACCGUUUGACUUCAGCCAGAAACAUUACGGUUAAAAUCCAGUUCAUGAGUGGUGAGGAUCCUAGCUGUGCCAUGCCUGUAAUCUUUGGAAAAUCAAGCGGCCCUGAGUUUCUUAAAGAGGUCUACACUCCAGUCACAUACCACAACAGGUCUCCUGAUUUCUAUGACGAGAUAAAGAUCCAUCUUCCAGCCCGUUUAACAGAGAAACAUCACUUACUGUUCACCUUUUACCAUAUCAGCUGCCAGCAGAAACAGAACCAGACUGGAAGUCUGGAGACUCUCAUUGGAUAUUCAUGGUUACCCUUGCUGAACAAUGACAGGCUGCAGACUGGGCAGCAGUGUCUGCCAAUCGUUCUGGACAAACUUCCUGUGAACUACUCCCUGCAUUCCCCAGAGAAACUGCCAGCUCAGGUACCUCCUGUUAAGUGGUUGGAGAAUCAUAAGGGACUGUUCAACCUUGAGCUACAAGCUGUGUCCUCAGUCCAAACACAGGACAGUCACCUGGAGCGUUUCUGUACUCUGUGUCACGCCCUGGAGGGCAAGACCAUAUUCCCUAUUCGAGUGGGAGAUGAGAAGAUUUCUGAAAACAUGUUUGAGCACGAGCUGAAGCUCAGCAUCAUCUCGCUGUCAUCCUCCGGCCUGGAGCCGCUGGUGCUGUUUCUCCAUCAGGUCCUCGACAAGCUCUUCCGUCUCAUCAUGCAGCCCAUGGUCAUCGCCGGACAGACUGCAAAUCUGGCCCAGAUUGCAUUUGAGUCAGUGGUGUCGGUUGUCAACAGUCUUCACAACAGUCAGGAGCUGGCAAAGGACCAUCAGGGAAGAAACUGUCUCCUAGCAACAUACCUGUACUUUGUGUUCCGCUUGCCAGACACACAACAUGAAAUCCACACCUCAGGCACAGGAGGUCUGAUGGCUCACCCAGAGAGCCGAUACAGCACUCUGACUCGCGCCACGGCCACCACGGUCGGCUUCAUGCUGCUUCAGUCACGCAUUCGUUCCAGCAGCAACCCUGAUAUACCAGCACCACAGAGCCCAGAGGACGCAGAGGUCAAUAACAUUCUAGGAAAGCAGGGUUUAAAUCUUCCUGGCAGUCGCAUCUCAGCAGCUGGAAAAGUCUCCAAUAGUUCACAAAGCUCAAGCACACGGCCCACAAACAGAAAGUUGUUCCAUGAGGAGCUGGCUCUUCAGAUGGUGGUCAGCACUGGAGUCUGCAGAGAGAACGUCUACAAAUACGCCUGGUUCUUCUUUGAACUUCUUGUGAAGAGCAUGAGCCAGCAUGUGUCUCAGCUGGAUAAGAAGGCAGUCUCUCGUAGGAAUCGGUUUUCGGAUCGUUUCAAAGAUGACAUCACCACCAUUGUCAACGUGGUAACUGCUGAGAUUGGAAACAUUUUAGUAAAACAACAAAAGGAGCUAGAGCAGGCAGAGAAGGUUAACAUCAGCCUGGCUUUCUUCCUGUAUGACCUGAUGUCUCUGAUGGACCGUGGCUUAGUGUUUCAGCUGGUGAAGAAUUACUGCAACCAGAUGGCAGCAAAGAGCGUGAGCAUGUCGACUUUGAUCAGUAUGAGGUUGGAGUUUUUGAGGGUCCUGUGCAGUCAUGAGCAUUACCUCAAUCUGAGCCUGUUCUUCAGCAGCCCUGCUUCUGCGCCCGCCUCCCCGUCACCCUCCACCUCCUCACAGACCUCCAGCUUGUGCAGUUUUCAGGACCAUAAGAUCGCAGCCAUGUUUGAUCUGUCACAAGACUUUAAGCAGCGGCAUUACUUGACCGGACUGCUGCUGACCGAACUCAGCACUGCACUGGACAUGGAGUCAGAGGGGGGGAGAGUACAACAAAAGGCCAUCAAUGCCACAUACAGCUUAUUGUGCGCUCACGAUCUGGACCAGCGCUGCUCCAGGCCAGAGGUCAAGGCUAAGAUUGCUGCUCUCUACCUCCCUCUAGUGGGCAUCAUCAUUGACUCCAUCAAUUACCUUGACUUCACAGUAUCUGACUCGCGUGGCGGUAAAGGCAAGUCCGGUGGGCCUGAGGAAGAUCCUGACAGCAUCACCCCCAUCAAUCAAUCUGUUGCAAUGGCAAUCGCUGGAAAUCCUUUCAACACUUUAGCGAGAAAUGCACUGGUCUCUAUGGCCUCUGUGACGGGGAAAACUAGCAACAUGUUGACAGCAGAGACCAGUCGCAAUCUGCUCAUGUGUUUCCUGUGGAUUAUCAAGAACGCAGAUCAGAAUCUGAUCCAACGCUGGACUGUGGACGUGCCUUCAUCUCAGCUGAGCCGUCUGCUGGAGCUCCUCGCCAUCUGCAUCUCCUGCUUUGAGUACAGGGGGAAGCAGAGUUCUGAUAAGGUGAGCACACAGGCCCUGCAGAAGUCUCAGCAGGCUAAGGCGCGUCUGGAGGAGGCUCUGCUGGGAGGAAUCGGAGCCAGAGGAGAAAUGAUGAAAAGGGUGGGAGGUAACGACCGGACGCUGGGUCAGAGAGAGAACCUACGCUGGAGGAAAGACCUUACACAGUGGCGCCAGACAAACGACAGGCAGGACAAAUCCAAAGCAGAGCUGGAUCAGGAGGCCAUAAUCAGUGGUAACCUGGCAACUGAGACCAACCUCAUAGUCCUGGACCUGCUGGAGAUGAUCGUACAGGCAGUUCCUCUGGCCGACUGUAAGGAUAAUGUGGUUGGUGGAGUGUUGAAGGUUCUGCUGCACUCUCUCACCUGUAAUCAGAGCACCACCUUCCUGUCACACUGUUUCAGCACCCUACGGGCUCUCAUAGUUAAGUUUGGUGACCUGUUGUUUGAGGAGGAGGCCGAGCAGUGUGCUGACCUGUGUCAGAAGGUUCUUCAUUACUGCAGCAGCUGUGUGGACGGCAACAGGAGUCAGGCUUGUGCUACACUGUACCUGAUCAUGAGAUACAGCUACAGCUCCGCUAGUAAUUUCUCCAGAGUCAAGAUGCAGGUGACAAUGUCUUUAGCCUCGCUGGUCGGCAAGUCUUCGGACAUCCAUGAGGAGUACCUACGCCGCUCUUUCAGAACUAUCCUAGCAUACGCAGAAGAAGACACGGAAAUGCAGUCUACACAGCUGCCCUCACAGGUGGAUGAACUCUUGAGGAAUCUAAACAGUAUCCUCUCAGAUACAGUCAAGAUGAAAGAGUUCCAGAAAGAUCCUGAGAUGCUUAUGGACCUCAUGUAUAGGAUCGCAAAGGGUUACCAGACAUCUCCAGACCUGCGUCUAACCUGGCUCCAAAACAUGGCAGAGAAGCACAACAGCAGGAAGUGCUUUACAGAGUCAGCCAUGUGUCUGGUCCAUGCCGCGGCCCUGGUGGCUGAAUAUCUCAGCAUGCUGGAGGAUCACAAAUACUUGCCUGUGGGCAGCGUCACCUUUCAAAACAUCUCUCCUAAUAACAAGGAUGGGGUUUGCUCGGGACGCUACUUCACGGAAAGUGGCCUAGUUGGGCUUCUGGAACAGGCUGCUGAGCUAUUCAGCAAUGGCGGGUUGUAUGAGGCAGUUAAUGAGGUGUACAAGGUAAUCGUGCCUAUACUGGAGGCCCACAGAGAUUUCCGGAAGCUCGCUUCCACACAUGACAAGCUCCAAAGGGCUUUUGAGAACAUCAUUCAAAAGGGUCACAAGAGGAUGUUUGGAACCUACUUCCGCGUGGGAUUUUAUGGCUGUAAAUUUGGAGACCUUGAUGAGCAAGAAUUUAUCUACAAAGAGCCAGGAAUUACCCAUUUACCGGAGAUAUCCCACCGGCUCGAGAACUUUUACAGUCAGUGUUUUGGAGAUGGAGUUUUGGAAAUGAUUAAAGAUUCCACACCAGUAGACAGAAAGAAGCUCAAUCCCAGCAAGGCGUACAUACAGAUUACCUUUGUGGAGCCUUACUUUGAUGACUAUGAGAUGAAAGACCGCCUCACCAACUUUGAGAAGAACUUCAACCUUCGCCGCUUCAUGUACACUACGCCGUUCACAAAGAGUGGGCGGCCCCGAGGGGAACUCAACGAGCAAUACAAGCGGAAAACCAUCCUAACCACCAUGCAUGCCUUCCCCUACAUCAAGACCCGGAUCAACGUCAUUCAGAAGGAGGAGUUUGACCUCACACCCAUCGAGGUGGCCAUUGAGGACAUGCAGAAGAAGACUAGAGAGCUGGCUGAAGCCACGCACAGAGAGAAGCCAGAUGCUGUGAUGCUUCAGAUGGUUCUGCAGGGAUCUGUCACAGCCACCGUCAAUCAGGGUCCAUUGGAGGUGGCCCAGGUCUUCUUGAAUGAAAUCCCAGCAGACCCCAAGCUCUUCCGUCAUCACAACAAACUGCGUUUGUGUUUCAAAGAGUUCAUACUGCGGUGUGGACAGGCCGUUGAGAAGAACAAGCUACUCAUUACUCCUGAUCAGAAGGAGUACCAGCAGGAGAUGAAGAAAAACUACAACAAACUGCGAGAGAACCUGAGGCCCAUGCUGGAGAGAAAGAUCCCUGAGCUCUACAAGCCCAUCAUCAAACCUCGCAUCGAGAAUAGAGAUUCCUUCAAACGGCAGAGCCUCCGUCGGACACAAGAUGAAAAUUCAUGAUGUCAAGAGAACAUCUCCAGAGGAUAUCAAGGGAAGGAUGUUGCAGUGUGCCAGGAAACAAGAGCUCCGUCAGCUGAUAAUUAGAUGACUCGAGCAGAGUUUUAUGCACUGCGUUGAAACCCCCUGAAAAUAUCACAGAUUGUUGUAUUCUAUAUUACUGUAUAUAAGGAAUAGAUUUUAAGGGAUGUAGAACUUUAUUUGCUUAUAAUUGUUUUUAGAACAAAAACCUCAGCCAGUCAUUUUUUUUUGUUUGUUUUUACUUUUUCUGGAUAUGGUUCGAAUCUUCCUUAGUAUGCUACUACAUAUAUUAUAUUCUUAACUAACAGACAUGUUACAUGUGAGGAACAAAUCUACAACCUUAAAUUAACUGCUUCAAGACAGAAAACCUGAUCAUAUUUCAAAGACACUGAAAGUGUUAAAAGUGUAAAAAAUUGACAAAACGGACAGUUAUCGGUAUAAUGUAUGUUUACAUAGAGCUAAUAUUUUGUUUGUCCUGUUCUAUGUAUAUUGUAAUUGCAGAGAUUUACAAGAUACAGUUUUGUAUAUAUAGUUCUAUUUUAUUUAUAGAGAAUAUUUAGCUCUUAAAAUGUGACCAGACCAGAUCAGAAUAAAAGUAAAUCAGGUUUACAGAGAUAAAAGAACAGCACCAGUUAAAAGUGCAGAGUAAGAGUGCAUCAAAUGUUUACUUUUGCCUCCUGUUUCUUAAAUAACUGGAAAUUGUGUCAAAUUAAUGAUUUAUUCUUUUUAUUUUUUUAUUUUCCAAUUUACAAGUGCACUGCACAUAAGCUUAUAUUAUAUGUUGUUUCUGUUUCCAGUGCUUCAUUACAUCUGUUACAUAUUACUGCUCUGAAAACUAUAAGAACAGUUUGUUGGUUUUAUUAAACGUAUAGGUCAUUGCAAUUUCAACUUAGACUACUUCUGUUCGAAA